GGAAGCUGGUGCUUUCUUCUUCCCAUCUCAGUUUACAGUCAUCUCUUUUUUGUCAGUCCCAGCAGCACUUGCUGAGUCCAGAUGUUUGUAGCAAACGUAGGAGAUGAUGGCUUCUGGGUGAAGUCUCUUGCCAGUGAUGUCUGAUGUCCCAGCAAAUGGCGUGGUCCACUAUGGUGCUGAAAAGAUAACUCCCGAGGUCCCAGCAGCAACACGGCUAAUGCAGACUUGGUUUGCACUCUGCUGGGUAAACUGAACGGGAGUGAUGCCUCCAGGCAGGUGGUAUGCUGUCCAUCCAGCUCAGGCUCAGGCUUCAAGGGAGAGAAAGCGCCUUCACAUGGUGAAGAAGGAAGAAGAGGAUGAAGGCUACACUUCAGUGCAGGCCGCCAGGCCACAGACACUCAACCGUCCUGGCCAGGAGCUGUUCCGCCAGCUCUUCAGGCAGCUUCGUUACCAUGAAUCUUCUGGGCCCCUAGAGACUCUGAGCCGGCUCCGGGAGCUCUGCCGCUGGUGGCUGAGGCCUGACGUUCUCUCCAAGGCCCAGAUCCUGGAGCUGCUGGUGCUGGAGCAAUUCCUGAGCAUCCUGCCUGGGGAGCUCCGGACCUGGGUGCAGCUGCAUCACCCUGAGAGUGGUAGGGAGGCUGUGGCCCUGCUGGAGGAGCUGCAGAGGGAUCUCGAUGGAACACUGUGGAGGGACCCAGCCCCUGCCCAGAGCCCAGAUGUGCGUUGGAUGGGUACAGGAGCCCUGCGAGCCGCACAGAUAUGGCCCCCUGCUUCACCUCUCAGGAGCAGCUCUGCUCUGGGGGACCGCCUGGAGCCUCCCUAUGAAAUAGGAGUGCGUGACUUCCUGGCUGGGCAAUCCGAUCCUCCUGCUGCCCAGGUGCCUGCCCUUUCCCAGAGAGACGGGUGCCCAGGAGACCGGGUGACAGCUCAGCCUCAGGAGGCUGUGACUUUCAAGGACGUCGAGGUGACCUUCUCUCAGGAUGAGUGGGGAUGGCUGGACUCAGCACAGAGGAACCUGUACCGGGAUGUGAUGCUGGAGAAUUAUGGGAACGUGGCUUCUUUGGUGGGGCCAUUCACCAAGCCUGCUCUCAUCUCCUGGUUGGAGACAAGGGAGCCGUGGGGCCUGAAUGUCCGAGGAGCUCAGCCUAAGGGGAAUCCAGGUGCUACUUCUGCAGGAGGUGAGCUCCAGAUUAAAACAAACAAGUUCAUCUUAAAACAUCAGCCUUUGGAAGAAGCAGAAAUCUUUGCUGUGCCAUCAGGAUGUCAUGUGGCAAGUGUUUCUGAGGGAACAGGGCUCAGAGAAUCUUUUGAACAGAAGAGCAACUUAAAGGAGCAGUGUGGAAACCCCAUACAAGUGAGAGUUAAGAAAGAAGAGACCAAUUUCAGUCACAGGGCAAGAAGAGAAUCUGAAGGAUCAGGAAGAAGUAAUAGUCUUAAUCUAAAACACAUUACAUAUUUGAGAGUUCCCAGAAGGAAGCGAUCUCUUAAACACGGCCGUGGCAGACACUUGAGAGGGAGUUCAUACCACUGUGACUACAAGGAUUAUGGUAAAGGGCUCAGACUCACGAUUGGCAGGUUCAGCCUACAUCAGAGAAUUCGUGCUGGACUAAAAGGGAAUGCAAAGGAUGCGUGUGAGAAAGACUUCAUCCUUAGCUCUCAUCACCAACACGGGCAGAAUCUUCACACAGCAAGGACAUUGCAUAAGUGCAGUGACUGUGGGAGGACCUUCCGUCAUAGCUCCCAUCUUGCAUAUCAUCAGAGACUUCACACACAAGAGAGACCAUUUAAAUGUAGGGUGUGUGGGAAAGCCUUCAGGUGGAGCUCAAACUGUGUGCGACAUGAGAAAAUUCACACUGGAGUGAAACCUUAUAAAUGUAGUAUAUGUGACAAAGCUUUCCGACGCAUGUCUGCCUACCGUCGGCACCAGGAAACCCAUGCUAAGCAGAAAUUUCUUGAAUCUAAUCAGUGUGAGGAAGCUCUCACCCAUGGCUCAGGAUUUGAUCAUCAUUUUAGAGAUCAAAGUGGGGAGAAACCCUUUGACUGCAGCCAGUGUAGGAAAUCCUUCCACUGUAAAUCAUACGUUCUUGAACAUCAAAGGAUUCACACCCAGGAGAAACCCUAUAAAUGUACCAAGUGUAGGAAAACCUUUAGGUGGAGGUCAAACUUUACGCGUCAUAUGAGACAGCACCAGGAAGAAAAGUUCUACAGUCAAGACAAAUGUAGAGAAGACUUCAUGCAGACUUCCAAGUGCACUGAGCCCCAGAGUGCCCCCACUGUGGAGAAAGCUUUUCGGUGUCAACAGUGUGGGAAAACUUUUACUCGAAGGAAGUCUCUUAUUGAUCAUCAGAUAACUCACACAGAUAAUAAACCAUACCGAUGUAGCGAAUGUGCAAAAGAGUUUACUCAUCGGUCAACCUUUAUUGUUCAUAAGAAGCAGCACGCCAUUAAAAGAAAACCUGAGGAUGGGCCAUCUUUUAGUCAGGACAGAGCAUUCCAAGUUCCUCAGAACACCACAGAGGAGCCCUACAAAUGUAGCCAGUGUGGCAAAAACUUCCGUAAUCACUCAUUUCUCAUCAUCCAUCAGAGAAUUCACACCAGAGAGAGGCCUUAUAAGUGCAAGGAGUGUGGGAAAGCUUUCAGAUGGAGUUCUAACUUCUCCCGACAUCAGAGGAUUCACGCUUUGGAAAAACAGUACGAGUACCAUGAAAGUGGAAACACUGUAGAUCAGCAGCCACAAAUCCUCACUGAUGAGAAACGUUUUUGGUGCCAAGAAUGUGGGAAAACCUUUACACGUAAACGAUCUCUUUUAGAUCAUAAGGGAAUACACAGUGGAGAGAAGCGCUAUAAAUGUAAUCUGUGUGGGAAGUCUUAUGAUAGAAAUUACCGCCUUGUUAAUCAUCAGAGAAUCCACACUAAAGAGAGACCUUUUAAGUGUCAGUGGUGUGGGAAAGAUUUCAUUGGAAGACAAACCCUCUGCAUUCAUCAGAGAAGACACACCAGAGCGGCACAGUCUGAAUCCAGCCUGGCUGGGUUAUCAUCCUGCCAGGACACAGGGGCGAGUGUACAGGAAUUAAAAUCAAGUGGGGAGAAGCCCCUUGAAGAUUGUGAAGAAGCUUGUGACCAGAGCUCCAGGCCCACUGGACUCCAGAAUGCACCCCUUGGGAAAAAGUGCCACAAAUGUAACACGUGUGGGAAAAUUUUUAAUAAGAGCUCACAACUCAUUAACCACGAGAGAUUCCAUACUCGAGAGAGGCCAUUCAAAUGCAGAGAGUGUGGGAAGACCUUCAGGUGGUCAUCAAAUCUGGCUCGGCAUAUGAAAAAACAUAUGGGAGAUUAACUUGGGACCUGACAGUGGAGGCAGUGGGGGUCCUAGCUGCCCUGCUAGAGAACCCUUACUUGUAGGCAGUGCUGGGAAAACCUUCACAAAGGCCUUUCUGUUCUGAAAGCUAGUGGCAGAGAAUCUUGAGGAUU